UAUAUGUAUAUAUACCAAGCUUUUGUGGGCUUCCCGCAGGCAGAAGAGGCAAAGGAAGAAAAUUGAUAGGUAAUUACUCUGUUCCAACUCGACAUGCCAAUAUCAUUUUCGUUCCCAGAAGUUGAUGAUGAUGCCAAGGAUGAAAGCUCAAAAGCCAUUCUCAAUGACAAUGUGAGGCCAGCCCUGAGGUCUUUGAGCUUCAAGGGUCGAGAUUCCAAUCAUUCCACGGUCAAAACUCUGCAGCCGGGCAAGUUAGUAGUCAAAGGAUCCCUGAGCUUCAACAACACAAGGCAGAUGCGCCCUUACCACUUUGAAACGAUGAUCUCGCUAGUGAAUCCUACGACCGAAGACGACAACUCGAAAAGUUCAAAUGCGCCUGCACUUUCAAGGUUUACUGUUUUGAAGGACAGGCCGAAGCAUGAAGCUGCUGUGAAGUUGCAGAAAGUCUACAAAAGCUUUCGUACAAGAAGGCAGCUUGCAGAUUGUGCUGUCAUCGUAGAGCAGCAAUGGUGGAAAUUGAUCGACUUUGCACUGCUCAAGCUGAGUUCUGUGUCGUUUUUCGACAUUGAGAAAGAAGAAUCAGCUGUUUCUCGAUGGUCGAGAGCAAGAACCAGAGCUGCCAAGGUUGGCAAGGGGUUAUCAAAGGACCAAAAAGCUCAAAAACUUGCCUUGCAACAUUGGCUAGAAGCGAUUGAUCCUCGACAUCGCUAUGGUCACAAUCUCCAUUUCUACUAUGACUAUUGGCUCCACAGUGAAAGCAGGCAGCCCUUCUUCUACUGGUACGUUUGCAGAGUCCCAUUAGUAGUGGAGAAUGGGGUUCUUAAGGCCGUGUGGCCUCACAGUGGGCACUACCAACCCACAGAAGAGAAUUUCAAGGAGUUCAUGAGCUUUCUUCAAGAAAUCGGCAUCGAUCUAACUGAUGUUAGGAGAAGUCCCACCGAAGGCGAUGAUUUGCCCUGGAGAGGUCACAGAAGCAGCUAUUCUGACAUAAACUUGCCUGAUGACAUCACCAUCGACCCUCAACCUGAAGAACAAUUGUCUCAUGCAUCUACUGGAGAGAUAAGCAACGAUGCAAGAACUGGCUCUUCGAAUGACGACCUGCAGCGCAAGGGAGUCCUCAGGGACACCGAAGAAGAAGCAGGCGAGGAGACAAAUAACCCGAGAGAGUCAAAGAGUAUCAGUUCGGAGGAAGAAAAACCUGAAGGAUGCGAACGAGACUUCUCUGACGCCGCACAACAAAAGGAGGAAGAAACAUCCAUACCGUCGGAGCUGAUCCUUCGAAGGAUCAACUCAAAGAAAGGGCUGACGUCGUGUCAGCUGGGGAAGCAGCUAUCUUUCAAGUGGGCAACCGGGACAGGGCCGCGGAUCGCCUGCGUGAGGGACUAUCCAUCCGAGCUUCAGUGCCGUGCUCUCGAACAAGUAAAUCUGUCGCCACGAACUGCUGCGACUUCUAGAUUUGCUUCUCCUCGGACUACAGCCAGCCAAAGCCCAAAGAUGUCAAACUGAGCGGUUGACUUCACAGGGCGAUAAAGCGUAUUCAUUUCCUAGGCAUCGUAGAGAAAUUGCUUAUUCAAACUGUAUCGACUUUUGAUGUAUCAUCAGAAGCGAAAAAACCAUACGUUUAUAAAGAUGCUGCUGCCGUGCGAAUUGACAGCUGGUGGGUUGAUACAAUGAGAAUUCAAGAAAAGAGCCCCGGUAGGUGUUACAAUAGGACGUGAGAUUAUCCGCCGCCGCUGGCGAAGCGUGAGAGAUUAGGAGGAAGGGAAGGAGUGGCUCAGGGGGGACCGUCUCCUCGCCUCCGCUUGUCUACGCCGCCGCUCGGCUGUA